UUUCCAUAAUAUUUACAUAUGACUACAGCCCGUUGUACAUAACCUUAAUCCAAAUACAAUUUUAUUACCUACCCACAUAAAAAAAGGAUAUGGAAAUGGAAAAUCUUAUAAAAUGUCAAAUUAGUGUUUUAUCCAUAAUAUUUGCAUUAAAACGAAGGCAACUGAAAAAUAGGCGCAAUCAAAAAGCACGGCGGUUAUGGUCAAGAAGAUGGUUACAACGAAGAGAUGAAGGGUACGGCAUGUCUAGUAUGAUUUUUAACGAGUUAAAGUGUGAAGAUCCUGUUAGUUUUCAAAACUAUACCAGAAUGAGUGUGUCUGUAUUUGAGAAAUUGCUACAUGCUGUUGAACCAAUAAUUACAAAGCAAGAUACUGUGCUACGGGAAAGUAUAUCAGUUAGAACACGGCUAUUGUUGACUCUAAGAUAUCUGGCUACUGGCGAACGGUAUAUUAACUUACAUUACAGCUUUCGAAUUUCUGUGCCCGCUAUUAGCCAUAUCAUUCCUGAAACUAUAAAUGCAAUUUAUGCCGUUCUAAAGGAUGAGUAUCUUCGUAUGCCAAAUUCACCAGAACAGUGGAGAAUAAUAUCUGACGGUUUUUAUAAGCUUUGGAAUUUUCCAAACUGUUUAGGUGCUCUAGAUGGGAAGCAUAUUUCAUUUAGGCCAAGAAAAGAAGAUGGAUCCUUAUAUUUUAAUUAUAAAGGGUUUAAUAGCAUCGUUCUACUAGCUUUGGUUGACUCCGAAUAUAACUUUAUGUAUGUAGAUGUUGGUUGUAACGGAAGAGUCAGUGAUGGAGGCGUCUUUGCAAACUCUACAUUGUGUUCCGCGAUAGAAAAUGCUACAUUAAACUUUCCAGAAGAAAAUGUUUUACCCAAUAGUCACAGAAAGGCACCGUAUGUUAUUUUAAGUGACGAAGCAUUUAAAUUGACAAACAGAAUGAUAAAGCCUUAUGGUCAACGUUCCUCAACAUGGGAGAAAGUAUUUAAUUAUAGACUUAGUAGGGCACGCAGAGUGGUUGAAAAUGCCUUCGGUAUUUUAGCAAAUAAAUUUCAAAUCUUACAGAGAGAAAUUAACUUAUCAGUGGAUAAGGUUCAAAAUUUAACGUUAACUUGUUGUGUUCUUCACAAUUUUAUAAAGAAAAAUGAAGGGAAGGUCUACUUACGAGGUAUAGAUAUAGAAGAUACAGAAAAUAUAACACUGCGAGAAGGAAAUUGGAGAUUGGAAGUGUUUACAACAGGAUUAGAGACUCAUAGGAGUAAUCGUUCUGCAAACGUUCCUAUGGCAAUUCGAGACACAUUUAGCAAUUAUUUCAAUGAGGAGGGAUUUGUUUCCUGGCAGUGGGAAGCUGUGAAAAAAUUUAACUUUUGAAAUUUAUUUAUUCAGUUAGUUUUUAAUUUUAAAUUUCUACAAAAUACCUACUGUGACUACUAAAUAUGUUCUAAUAUUACUCCUGCUUUAACAUUUUGUAUGAACUUUUUUUUAUAUAAAUAUAAGAUAUUGUUGA